UGUCCGUGGAGCGGCCGUCGGUGCGGUGACUCUCCGGUCCAGCAGGUGGCGGUACCGGCUGGUUUUAUCACCCGUCAGUAAACACAAAGAAGCGACCUGUGCAGCCGUAGCUCUCUGGACCGAACCGGACCGCUGUGCUGUGAUAUGGCCGUGAAUGGGUCUCUGGGGCAGAAGCGGCAGGAAGCGGACCAGCAGCGCUGCGGCUCCGCUGAACGCCGUCCCAGCCGGUAAUGGUGCCGGUACCGGGAGGCUGGGCGUGCUGUUGUCCGUGUCGAACCCGCUGCUGGCCGCGCUGUCCCUGCUCCGCUCGCUCCUCUGCUGGCUUUGGAGCCGAACCGCGGCCGCUGUCCGACCGGAGCCCCGAACCGCAGACGAGCCGGUCGGAGCGAAGCGGCAGCCGCGGGACGGCAGCGGGAACCCGGAGCGAGGCGAUCGGGUCCGGAACCACCACGGACGGGCCUUCGAGUGCAUCUCCACGGCGCUGAGGAUCGAUGAGGACGAGCGAGGGGACAAGCAGCAGGCGGUGGGCUGGUACCAGCGAGGGAUCGCCGAGCUGGAGAAGGGAAUCGCCAUCCAGAUCUCAGGAGGAGAGGAAUAUGAGCGAGACAAGCGGCUGCAGAACAAGAUGAGCACCAACCUGAUCAUGGCUAAAGACCGGCUGCAGUCGUUAGUCAAGGUGCUGUCAGGCUCCGGGGCUCAGCCGGGCUUUUACACUGACAACAUCAACCACAUCUACCACACUGCCAACCUGCGCUCAGGUGGUGCUGUCUCCAGAAAGAGGGACUCUGUUAAUCUCGCACUAUCCAGUCGACCAAAGCACAAAAAGACGUCCUGUUCUUCGUCCUCGUCUUCCUCGGGGGGCCGUCACUCCUCACACCUGGCCUCCCAGCGCCCCCCCGCCCACAGUAACAAUAAGGUCAGCACGAGUCGUCACAGUGUGAACGUCGGCUCCUCAACAUCGACACCACCGAAGAAGGACGACAGAAAGAAUACGAAGAACAUCGACGGGAAGCUUGCUGACCUCAUCCGGAACGAGAUUGUCGACAGCGGCUCGUCUAUGAGCUUCCAUGAUGUUGCCGGUCAGGAUUUGGCGAAGCAAGCGCUGCAGGAAAUCGUCAUCCUGCCGGCCCUGAGGCCGGAGUUGUUUACAGGACUGCGUACUCCAGCCAGAGGACUGCUUCUGUUCGGUCCCCCAGGCAACGGCAAGACCAUGCUGGCUAAAGCUGUGGCAGCUGAGUCCAACGCCACCUUCUUCAACAUCAGCGCCGCCAGCUUAACCUCCAAAUACGUGGGUGAAGGAGAGAAGCUGGUCCGAGCUCUGUUCUCUGUGGCCAGAGAACUGCAGCCCUCCGUCAUCUUCAUCGAUGAAGUGGACAGUCUGCUGUGUGAGCGCCGCGAGGGCGAGCACGACGCCAGCCGACGCCUCAAGACUGAGUUCUUGAUCGAGUUUGACGGAGUCCAGUCAGGACGGGAUGAGCGCGUUUUGGUGAUGGGAGCCACCAACAGGCCUCAGGAGCUGGACGAGGCUGUUCUCAGGCGUUUUGCUAAGCGGAUUUACGUGGCGCUGCCGGUGGAGGAGACUCGCUUCAAGCUGCUGAAGAACCUGCUGGAGAAACACGGAAACCCGCUGACACACCGAGAGCUGUGGCAGCUGGCCAGGAUGACGGAGGGCUACUCAGGCAGUGACCUCACCUCAUUGGCUAAAGACGCGUCCUUGGGACCAAUCAGAGAGCUGCGUCCUGAUCAAGUGAGGAACAUGGAGGCCAGCGAGGUCCGAAACAUUUGUUUGAGAGACUUUGUGGAAUCACUGAAGAAAAUCAAGAGGAGUGUGAGUCUGCAGACUCUGGAGCUGUACAUGGACUGGAACAGAAACUAUGGAGACACGACGGCAGUAUGAUCAUGUUAAUCAGCCGCAACGUGAAAACUAUCAUCAUGCAGAACUCACUGAACUGUUGUGAGGAGGAAAAAACCUUUUGUCCCGUUUCUUUUCUACUGUGUUUGAGUGAUGCAACACUUUUGUACUUUGAGUUCAGAACACAUUAAACUGUGAAGGAUGUGA